AUGGACAAUCUCAUAAACAAUGAUUUCUCGAUUGACUUCUCUAUCAAAACUGCCAUUGGGAGAGUAGGGAUCGCUGGUCAAACUCUUCCAUUCCCCCAUCUUCAGACAAUCGAUAGUGUGAGACAAUUUGGAGAUCUAAUGGAGACACUGUUUGAGGGUGGAGUGGAGCUUAGAGAUUGUAUCCAAGACUAUAAAACUCUGAUCAACCAGGAUGAGCCUGAGGAAGAAAUCAAGACUUUUCUUCGGAAGUUAGAAGCUGCUAUGAAUCUGAUCAUCUCCUUGUGUACUAUAUUAAGGAGUACAUAUGUAGGCGUCUCUAGAAGUUUCAUUGAGACUUUAGCAAAUUCAACUCAGUCAAAUCCCAACCACACCAAUGAUCAAGAUGAAGCUCAACAAGUUCACACUGAACAAACAGUUGAACCCGAUUUGGCGGCAUGGACCGUAAGGCGAUGGAAUCAAGUAGAAGCGAGUGUGAACAGCUUGGCCCAGAUGAUGGUUGAGGUAAGAUAUUGGUGA